AUGUUAUUAUUAUUUAAAAUUUUAAUAAUUAUUUUUUAUUUAAAUUCAACAUUUGCAUUAAUUAAUAAAAGAACUAAAUGUGCUGUUGAAUGUUAUAAAAAAUGUUCAGAAUCUGGAACUCCCCAAUCUGUUUAUUGUAAUUGUCCUUUUACAGAAAAUGAUAAUUGUGAUGAUGAAAAUAUUAAUGAAGAAUUAUUUAAAGAAAAAACUGUUGAAAAUUUAAUUGAAUUUAAAAGUGGAUAUACAAAUAUUAGAAUUAUUUGGAUAAAUGUAAAUCCAAUUCCAAAUGCUUUUAUUUAUAUUUUUGAAAUUUCUUUUCAAAGUAUUUCUAUUCCUGUUUGGAUUUUUGCUGGUGCUUCUUCUUCUCCAAAAAUUAAUUUUUCAAUACCGGAUGCUUGUAGAGAUUACCAAUUUCGUUUAAUUACUGUUUUACGUUCUACAAAUCCUAAAAUGAAUUUAAUUGUUUUUAGAGGACAAAAAAUACCUGUUGAAUUUCCUCCUUUUGUUGUGGCUGAGGAAAAUAUUCAUCUGGAUCGUCCAAAACAGUCAAAUGACGGACAAACAUUACAUUCUUCAGUUAGUUGGCAACAUCCAUCCGGUUAUGAAGAUACGGAUAUUUAUGGUUAUUCCCCACCUACAGCUUACCCAAUUAGUUGUCAAACACCUGAAGAAAAAUUAAGUCAACCAAGAUUAGAAUUAAUACAAGGAGGGGCUCGUUUACAUUUUGCAUUACCAAUUGAUGCUUUAAAUGAUAAAUGUAAAAUAUAUAUGGAAAUUAAAAUGUUACCAAGGCAAAUUAAAUUUAAUUAA